AUGGGUACCUCGUCGUUGCUGAGAUGUGAUGACAUGAUUGUGGUUGUGCCUGCGAAGGAGGACAGGCCCAAGUCAAUCUUGAAGACGACCAAGAAGCAAGACCCUCCGAAAUCAAAGUCUCGGGAUGGUUCACCACCACCGGCUGCACACGUCUCGAGAGCCGUCAAGGAUAGACUGGCUCAAGACGAUGCCGAAAUUGCUGCUCUGGAGAAGAAGCUGGGAAUCAAGUCGACUAAGAGAUCAAAGGCUUUUGCAGAUGAUGGACUGGACGACCUGCUGGAAGGUCUGGACGAUGAGGAAGAUGAAGACGGUCCCAAGAGAAAGCGUUCUGACGACGACGAUUGGUUGCGACAAAAGAGGAGGAAGGUCAGUCAAGCUGCUGCUGUCGAACAGGAGCCUUCAGACGAAGAGGAGGAGGAUGAGGAUGAGGAGAUGAGCGGCGACGAAGACGAGACCGACGGUCUUGAUGAUAUCAUGGACGGUUUGGGUGAAAGCGACGAAGACGGCGACCUGGAUGGACUGGAAGAUGACGAUGAAGAAGAUCUGGACGAGGAUGAAGACGACGAACUGGACGAAGAUGGCGAUAAUGAUAUGGACGACGAGAAGUUCGAGGACUUUGACGAGGACGACGAGGAGAGCGAAGAGGAAGCUCCUGCACCAAGAGUGCGCGAGAAUCCCUACGUUGCUCCUGUACCCGCUGGCGCUGCUCCGGUCCAGAAGUACAUUCCACCUUCAUUGCGAGGUGCUCCCUCAUCAGACACUGAAGCUCUGGCUCGUCUCCGUCGUCAGAUCCAGGGUCAGCUCAAUCGUCUUUCCGAAGCGAACCUUCUGUCAAUCCUGCAAACCAUCGAAGAGAUUUACCAGAACAACCCUCGGCAAUAUGUCACCACAACCCUUAUCGAUCUUCUGCUUGGACUCAUUUGCGACCGUACUACUUUACAAGACACUUUCCUUAUCCUCCAUGCAGGUUUCAUGGCCGCCCUCUACAAGGUUAUCGGAACAGACUUCGGUGCUCAGGUUAUCGAGCGUAUUGUCAAUGACUUUGACAGACACUACACUGGAGGCACCACAGCAGGCAAGGAGACUUCAAACUUGAUGUCCCUGGUUUCCGAACUCUACAACUUCCAACUCGUCGGCUGCAACCUUGUAUUUGACUACAUCCGGUUGUUCCUCACAGAGCUCAACGAAGCGAACACAGAACUCUUGUUGAAGAUCAUCCGUAAUUCUGGACCUCAACUUCGCGCAGACGAUCCUUCUGCUCUGAAGGAUAUUGUCAUCUUGGUGCAGAAGGAAGUCACUCGGAUUGGAGAAGCGAACUUGUCGGUCAGAACAAAGUUCAUGAUUGAGACUAUCAACAACCUCAAGAACAACCGUGUCAAGACUGGUGCUGUGGCUUCUGCCAUCGUGUCGGAACAUACAACAAGAAUGAGGAAGACUUUGGGUUCUCUCAACAACAGAUCGUCUCUCAAAGCAAGCGAGCCUCUCCGCAUCGGACUGGCAGAUAUCCGCGACACGGAAAAGAAGGGUAAAUGGUGGCUUGUUGGUGCAAGUUGGCUGGACCCAGGAAAGCAGGCCAAGGAUGAGAACGAUGCCGAUGCGCCUGUUGUCAAGGCUUCGAAGAACGAUUCGACGACAGUCUCUGCAGACGAUGGCAGUGUCGAUCUGAUACAACUUGCACGUCAACAAGGCAUGAACACGGACAUCCGUCGUGCCAUCUUCGUCACCAUCAUGUCAGCUUCAGACUACCAAGAUGCACACCUUCGUCUUCUCAAGCUUGGUUUCAAGAAGGCUCAGGAGCUUGAGAUCCCUCGCGUGCUGGUUCACUGCGCGGGCGCUGAAGCUACCUACAACCCUUACUAUACUCUCAUCGCCAAGAAGCUUUGCGGUGAGAAGCGCAUGCUCAAGGCCUUCCAGUUCGGACUUUGGGACAUCUUCAAGCGCAUGGGUGAAAAGGCAAUGACAGCGGAUGAUGAAGAUGACGCGUUCGAUGAUGACGAGGAUGAGAACAUGAGCACUCGCAAGAUUGUCAACCUCGCCCGCUUCUACGCAGACCUCAUCACUGAAGGUGGUUUCCCGAUCACAGCGCUCAAGACACUCAACUUUGCCUACCUGCAACCCAAGACAAACACAUUUACCGAAGUCUUGUUGACCAGGAUCUUGAUCAAGAUGAUGAAGAACUCCAAGGGUAGCAAGUGGGAGCUUUCGGUCAACGAGGUGUUCUCCAAAGCCCAAGAAGUACCGGAUAUGGUGCAAGGAUUGCGAUACUUCCUUCAAAAGGUUGUCAGAAAGGCCGAGAUCGCGACUGGCAAAAAGGAGCGUAAGGCGGUGAAGGACGGCUGCGCAGCUGCCAUCGAAGCGUUGACGACGCAUGUUGCGCGUGAUGAUGGUAGCGAGGAUAUGCUGAGCGAUUCUGAUUAG